AAAACACAAGGAGAGGACAGUGGAGAAGAGCUUUUUCCAGUUGGAUUACUUUUUGAUUUUUGAUUUUUGAGAAGUCUGAAGGUACAAAGCUUUGACGAAGAGGAGCUGGAGUAAAGAAAACCAAAAUGAAACCAAGAAUCCUGCUCACCUGCCUGGCAGCUGUCCUCUCUUUGAGUGAGUAUACCUUCAAGUCAGGUUGUUUUUAGAGAAGUUUAGCUGUUUCACAGAGGUGAGGAUGGGAGCUGAUGGGAACUUUGCAGAGAGCAGAGGAUGCUUCUGCAGCUCCUGCAACUCCUCCAGCCCCUCCAGCUCCUGCUGCUCCUGCAGCUUUGACUUUAUGUAAACCAGCAGAUACCUGAGUUCAGCUAGAUUAUGUAUAAAGUUUUAGAUAUUUAUCCUAAAUCCUGAAUGUUGUUGAUGUAGCUUCCCCCUCAUGAUCUGUCAGUAAGUUUGAUAAGAUCUUGCAUUGUGUAAGAUUUUUUAUUUCUGUAUUUUAAAGAACUGAAACUGUCCUGCAGCAGUGAAAUGAGCCUCUGUGCUGUUUUUAUAAAUACAAAUAGAAGUUUUACCAACAAGGACUGAAUGAAUUUCUUAAAGCUUCAGUGAGAAUCUGCAUGAAUGUGUUUGACCUCCUCUGCUCUCAUGUGAAAAUUUGCACAAAAUGCUUGAAGUGAUGGAAAAUCUCAGUGUGAGCUCCACACUGAAGUUGGAUUUGAUUAAUUUAAUACAGAAAUUCACAAAAACUCCUGAGAACACUUGCAAUCAAAUGCUGUGGCCUUAAUGGAGAACCUGACACACAUUAUAGUGCACCACUCUUGGUUUAAUAAUGCUGCUUUUAUGUGUGUAAGCAUUCUUAAAGGUGCAUCUAAAUCUGUUUUGAUGAAAAACUGCAGAACUGUUUUUGAUCAUCAUCAUUAUACUGGCUGCUUGUUGAGGAUGUUAGAUGUGAAAACAGGCCCUCUCAUGAUCCACAGAGUCUAAAACUUUGGUGCAAAUCAAGUGUUUUGGGGGAAAAGAGUGCCUGCUUUAUCUUUUAUUUGCAAUUCCAGGUUUAACAAAUAAAAAUGAAAUCAUGAAUAGAAGCUCCUAUUGAAAUUUGCAUGCAUGUGAAGUGACCAAUACUGAUGUCCUGCACAAAUUUGCUCAAUAUGCAAACUCUUAAAAGACCAUAAUAUCUAAAUGUGACAAGCAGGUUGCACUUAAACUGAGAAUCAGACUUUUUUCAUGUGAAAACUCUCAGAGAAAGAAUCAGAAACACCAAAUGGAGCAAAAUAAGGACAAUGUCCCUUUAAUAGGAUCAGAAAGAGUCCUCCAUUAUAAAAAUUCACAAGUGCAAACUUUGAAAUGCACAUUUUGAAGGACUGCUUCAUUUUCCACAGCAGAAACCUUAAAUGUUAUUCACCUCAUUCCUCCUCACUGGUGGCCCAAGUUUACUACCAAGGGCCUUUGUCCAUUUCUGCAUAUGAUUGAUUUCCACCAAAAAAUCACAGAAACACAAACUCAGACUCACCAAAAAUAUCAGAAACAGCACAAACUGAGCAGCAGAUCGCACAAAAACACUGACAGUGAUACAUUUUUUACAGAAAAAAAAAUCUUGCAAGUCCUGCAGGCAGAUUUUGAGGCCUUCGUGUAGGUGAACUUUAAAACAAGAAGAUGACACUGUUCUUGAUGAUAAAUCUUUAAUACAAACUCUAAUAUUAUAUAGAGACAAAUAAAGAAGAUUAAAUGCAAAAGAUUGUUAUUGUGGUUUUAAUCUGUUCUUGCAGAAACUCUUUAAUUUAUGCAAAUUCUGCAGCUAUUGUGUCACUUUGUUCCCACCAAACUGAGGAAGAGGAGAACACUGAGAGGAUGAUCAUGUGGGGGAUGAAGCGCAGAGGGAUCUUUCCUACAAUAUAAGUCCAACAGUAACAUUUUACGAGUGUUUCCCAGUAGUUAUCAAAAUCUAAAAAUUCUUCUCAGAGACAUUAGCAGGUUAACAUAUAUUCAAAAUUACAAGAAAACUAAAGUGCAAGUUUCCCUCAGAGUGACGAGUUUAAAGCUGGACUUCUGAUUGUUUUUACAUACAAGGAAAUUUUGGUGUUUUUUGGUCUAUUUUGGACAAAAAUAGUGUUUUCUCCUCAAAAAUUCCUCUUUAUUAUCUGUGCUCAUUUGUUCAAAUGGUCUCAGAUCCCAGCAGUGAGAGAAAAUUAAAAGCCUUUAAAUCAAAGUGACAAUUAUAGAUGAAUACAGAAAUUUAAAACUAGAACUGAAAGUUUUGCUAAAGAACAAAUAUUUUAUGAAAUCAUACAAUUUUGCACAAGGGGGGGUCAGUGCAGACGGCGUGGGUGUCUCCGACCAGAGCAAGAGGUGAGUGUCACUGACCUCUGACCUUUAGGAGGGGGGCAGGGCUCCGGUCAGCACUGCAGUCUGUGGAGGGGGUGCAGAAACACAAUAGACGCCCCCUCGUCCCGGGCCAGCAGUGCCCUGACCCUCACACCCUCAUCUCCAUAACACUGCACCCAGAUUGAGAGCUUAUUAAAGAUAUCUGUGUGGAGGUAAUCCCCCCUACAGCUGCCCAUGACCGUGUCCUCACAGCCCCCCACCCUCGGUCAUAGCUCCUCACCCACUCCCACAGCAGAAACACCCCACGGCUCGGUUCAUGGCAGGACACAAAGGGGGCCUGAGGUGGUCCAGGUUUCCUACAGAGCGAAGAGAAAGAGGCUAACAUCUCAAUCUGUACAGCGUUUAGGCUAAUGCUAACAGGAUUGAAGCGAGUAAAGGUGCGAUUACGAGGCUGUAGUUCUCCAUCCAAUCAUGAGCUGACGUUAUGAGGCGUAAAGAAACAGGCCCUAAACUGUCAGCCGAUCAGCUCUCAGGACAACUCAAUAUUCACCUGGAUCAGUUCUCUUGUGUUUAACCAGUUCAGUUAAAACUGGUGGUUUAGCUUGUUAGCUUGUUUUGGUGUCUCAUACAAAAAAGGUGUAGACCUUUUUCAGGUACCCACAUAUACCCCUGUGAUCUGUUUCAAGAUCCCCUUUAACAUCUGUGUCAUAGUGCAUUAAGUCUCACUCAUUUUGCCUCUUUGGUGUCCAAUCAGGUACCCUUUAGCACCUGUACCAGGGUACUGUUACAACUGUUUUAAUGUACCCUUGGUAUAUUUUUAAGUGUUUCUUCAACAUCUGGGUCACAGUAUCUCCAGAGUAUGAGUUAAUGUACCUGUGGUGUUUGUUUCCAGGUACCCAUUAGCAACCAGGACAAGGGCUAGCCCCUCUGUGUUAAGGUACACUCAUCAGCUUCUGCUGUAAGAUAGCUUUAGAUUGUGUUUCAGGUACCUUUCACCGUUGCUCCGAGUGGCUUUUACACCAAUAGUUUUCUGUAGUUUUUGAUUUGAAGCAUCCUUUAGUUACCAUUUCAGGAUGUUGUCCACAUCAGUUUUUUUUAGCUCUUGUUUGUUUGAAGGUAACUUUAGCUUCUGUUUCAAGACACUUAAGAGCUCCUGUUUGCAGAAAUCUUGUUACUGUUUUAGGCUCCCUGUCAAGGUACCCAGAGAUGAUCAAAACCUGCAUCUUUUAUUUCAAGGUUCCUUCCAUUGCAGUUUAAGACCUACAACAUUAUUCAUUAUCUAUUUUAGUAGCUCUGGUUUGUUUUAGGGUAUCUUUCGUGUCUGUUUUAAGGUACCCACAAGCUUUAGUUUACAGUCACUUAAACCGUUUUCUGCCCAUUUAUUCUGGAAAUUUCAGACUUGUACAUUUCAACUGGUGAACUCAUUAGUCUAAGACGAUCUUAAUCUAAUGCAUACAAACUCUUACAGUGAUUUUCCCCUUAUAUAAGUGUAGUGUAGUGAUUCGUCCUGCGAUGUGUUCACUGAUCCUGCAGCAGCAGAUUAGGUGCACAGUGAUGAGCUCUCACCUGUCAGACUCGUGGCUCCACCUGGCUGCUUGUGUCUCUUCAGAGUGUUUUUAAGCCCUCAGUGUCCAGCCAGGUUUCCCUGUGUUAAUGAGGUUUCUAAAAUAAGGUUCUCUCCAGCCUCUCAUUUGGCUGACACCUCUCUGAUUAAAGCUGCAGGACAAACAAAGAGCCCUCCUCUCCAUCACAUUUCACAUUAUUGCCUAUUGAUCCACCUGGGUAGCUGAUGGGACCUUUUUUUUUUAAAUCUGCACUGACCAAUACAAACCCUCCUACUGAUGCAGAUGGGACGUCCUGGGACCCUGGGGCCUGGAGGGCCAAUAUCAGUUAGUGCAUAAGGGAGCAUGUUAUCAAUAGGUCAGAGACCUGGUCCUCGAUAAAUCCAGACUAAAUGUGAUCAGAAAAAUAGACCCUGAGUCUUUGUAAUCUGGUGCUUUUCAGGUCCAACAUCUUUGAAAUUCAGAUUUGAGUUCAGGGCUGUCAAAUACCAAUUUAUGCUUUUCAUAGAUUCAAACAGAAGUGCCAAAUAGACACUGCUCAAUAAAGUUCAUUUAGACUGAGGAAGACGAACAAAGUAAACAAAUACUGAAAUCUGAGUGAGAGUGAACUAUAUUAUAUCUCACGGUCAAAAAUAUUUAACAGGGUAAAAGAAACUGUAAAAGCUCCAACUUCAGAAGUGUUUUUGUCUCGUUUCUAGGGAAAAAAAAGUCGCAUUAAACUCCAUUUAAGUCAUAUUAAGCUGACGUACAGAAAAAUACUGAUUUUAAGAUAUUUACAACCUUCAUAGAUUUUAAGGAAUGAAAAUAAUGUGCUGGUGGAAUCAGAUUCAUUGACUUCUGAUGAAAUGAGAGUCAUUUUAAUAAAGCAACCUUGGUCUUAUCUUUGGUGUUUAAUACCUUGAGAUGAGACAUUUUUGUCUUAAAUCAAUCCCAGUGAGACAAUUAAACUUUAAAUGAGAUAGAAACACUUGCUAAGAUUUGAGUUUUUUGCAGUCAGGGACAAAUACACCAUUUCAUGUUCUCUUGACCAACCAGUAUUCCACCAAUAUACGACCAGUAUUGGUUUCGCUUUAAAUUGGCGUUCUGCAGCUAUGAGUGUUAUUGUACGAGACAGAUUAAUCGUUUCAACAUUGAAAGAGCCAAAGCACUUAAAUCUGCAGUUAUUGUUACCAAAACAGCAUUAGUACAAUAAACAACCCACUGAUCCCAAGUUUUGGAAAAAAUCUGAUUUAACUUUGUCAAACUUAAAAACCAAGACUCCCUUCUCAGAAAAACAGGAAGUCUUUAAUAAACUUAGUUUUCCAAAAUAAAACACUCAAAACAUACAGUAUGUGCUCACAUUUCAUCUAAACUUCUGAAAGCACCAGCUGACUAAAGCCUGUCCCUGUUCACUCUGAGUUAUGGACACUCUUGAGUUUUUAUCUCAGAAACACUCAGAGUUUAGACAGUGAACUUGGCACAUGACACUUAAAACUGACCAUCAGUUAGCUUAAACAAAAGACCCCUGAGGACCCUCCAAAGAGCUGCAUGUUUGUGUAAGACUCCCCCCUCUGAGGGAGGAGGGUUUUACUCCCAUUAAAGGACAAAGGAGUAAGCCCUGAGGCGAUGGGUUUAAUGCCUGUCCGUGUCCGACCAUCCUCAUCUUUAACUGCACAGUCAUCCUCCUCUGAAACUGAGAUUAUGAGGAAGAAGGAAACAAGGAAAUAGGAGACAUUAGAAAGCCAACCACUGGAGCUCACUUUGCAGCACAUUUUGCUCACUUCUAAUACAUGCUCUGAUUUCAUAAUAUGCAAAUUAAACAUUUGCAUUCAGUACUUAUCUGCAGAAAUGUGCAUAAAAAAUCAAAUGCAUCAAUCUUUCAUUAUUAAACGGUGAAGCUUUAUUUCACCAAACCUUAAACUCUGCAGAAGAUUAUCAUUGCAUACUCUCAUUUUCACUCUGCUGUCGUGUCCAACCUUCCCUCACUGCCUUUCACACGGAGCUGGAGGGGAUAAAGGAGAAAUAAAUUAAUGGAAGAACUUGUAUAUGGUGAUCAGACCCCUUUCUCUUUUUCCAUCCCUUUUUAUGGGGGGUGGACAGAAAUCUGUGAAGUUCAGGGCCAACAAACAAUAGCAGUGAAGGGCUGAGAGAGGAGCUCCGGCUGGACACAGGCAACCCCCACACCCAUCCAUCCUCCUUACCCAUGACUCUCUCAUGACCCCUGAGGGGCUCGGGGUGAUAGUGGGGGGUUGCUGGACAACCCACCCUCCUCCAAAAAUCUCAUUAUGGUCAGAUCCCUAUAUUGAAAACGGUCCAAUCUGGAAUGCUAUGCACUUAAUCAAACCACAUGCAGGUUUAGCUUGCAGUGAGAGCAUUAAGGAGCCAGGAGAGGCUUUAAAAGUUGUUAUCUUACACCCUUCACUCUCUGUGUUACCCUCCUUUUAUUCUGUCAGGGUGAGACUUAAUUGAUUUGAGGUUUAAAUCCUUCGACAAAGCAGCUGAUUCAGCGUUAAUACUGACAUGUCCAAGUAGAAAACCUCAGAGGUUUACCUGAAAACUGCUUUGUAGUAGAUACAAGUGCACAAAAUGAUCCAAUCCAUCCAAAGAAACCCCCUUUUACUGAAAACCCUGAUGUAUUUUGUGUCCAUUUGACCUGGCUGUUUGUCAGGAUUCUCUGUUUUUAAGCUGGGGCUACACAGUAGAUAGAUAGAUAGUGAAAUUAAAAGCUCCCUGGUGCAGUGAUGUGCACCUUUACUCAGCUAAACCAUCAAAAGUCAUCACUGUUGCACCAAAAGUACUAGCUAGUUAAAGAAAUGGUCAAUAUUUUACUGUUUUUGGACAAAAAUGUUAAUUGUGUGUCCAAAAAGCAGCACAUCUGCGAAGUGCUGACCAAUGGUAGCUACUCCAGUUAAUAUCUAAUACUGUGAUGUUUAUUACUUGGAUGUAAACAAGCACAGGUGACAAAUGAUCUGUUGGAGUUACAUCGAUCUGUGUUAUGAUCUCAAAAUGUUGUCCGUAGGCCGAGUCUGGCUCAACUUCGAUAUAACCCCUCAGCAUAUGGUUGUGCUAGCCUAGAAGGUUGACUUUGGCUUCAUUUUGCUGGUUUUAGAACAAGUUUCAAAUGAGUGAGGGUUUGCAGUGGAGUCAAAAACAGUGUAGGUGAUAGAGAGGCCUGAGUGGUUCAAAUGCAAAGAGGUAUAUAACUGCAUCGUCAGCAAACAUGUUGGAUUUUGCAUUUAGAGUCAACAAUUCAGACUGAGCAUGUUAAACUAUAUUAUUCCCAGCCCAAACACAGAAGGACUAAAGCUUUUCAGUGGAGUUUUGCCAAAGGCCAACUCUGUCACAUGGUGUUCAAUCAUCUUUAAACUGAUUUGUCAGAUUGAAGAUGAUAUGUUGAAUGUCCUGUGUGUAUGUCUCUAUUUUUAAGAGUAAAUUAAAGGGGAAAUUAUCUCCAUCCACUUCCUGUUACAAGUCCACAGUUCGGUGCUGCAUUAUUUUACUGUGUCUGGAAAGCAGGCAGAUAUUAAUGAUGAUCUGCAGCAGUGUUUUAUGAAUCCAGGGCUAUGACAUAACCCUGUUUGUGUAGACCCAGCUUACUAAAACUGCACCUCCAUCAUUUGAAGACCCUCCAGGCCUCACAGGUUGCCACACCAUGUGUUCAAUAACUGUGGCUGUCGAACCCUCUGCAAAUCACCCCAUGGGAGUCCUGAAUUUCAUUACCAGGCCUGAGGGAGGGCAGGCUCAGGGGGGGGUUUCAGGGCUCUAUCAGCCUGUCCAGACGCAGCUGACCAGUGGACCCACAAUCCUCUCUGCCGGCUGCAUCUGCUGGGUGGAGAUCUCUUAUUAGACGGAGGGCAGAUGCUCAUUUCUAGAUGUGACACAUCAGUGAAGCCAGAGCAUUAAGAGGAGGGGGCUGUUGUGUUGGAUGUUCAGGCUUUGGGUUUGAUCAGGACCACUCAUGACCAUAAUCUGAUGGGCUCUAUAGAAACCUUAAAAACAUCAACUGCACAUAGAAGAAAGCACCAACCUCCUCAUAUCCAGAGGUGGUGCAGCUGAACACGGUCAUGCUAAAACUGUCAUCAUUAUGUAGAGUCAGGAUUUCUAGUUACACUGAUGUUUUUAAGGCCACCAGACAGAGUUCAUGCUGGAUCUCUACAAAGUGAUAUGAGGAGAAUGGAGACGAGUAUCUUCAUGUUUAAAGACCCCUGGUGUCCCUAGUUUGGAUGUUUUUGGUUGGACCAUUUAGGCCAAAAUCCAGUUCUGGAGUUACUGAUCCAGAAUUUCAAAGUCAUUCAAUGAAUUUUCAAUAAAUGGUAAUCACACAUAUGUAAGUGAAAAUAAUCCCAAAGUAAAGUUUAUAUUUCACUCCAAAGGAUUCUCCAUUCCUAAAUUUUCAGUCCAAUUUAAGCAUCUGAGUUUCUAAAAGGAGCUGCAAAAAUUCAGUCCCACUAAAUUGUCCAGCUUCCCAUCCGAAUAUUGUGACUCUUAUAACGAAUGAAUCUGAUGAGUCCAGAAAUAAAUGUAUUACAGAUAUUACAAGGCAAAAAUACAGACGAAAUAAAGAAACCAUCAAUGACCUGCUCAGUUUUCAGAGAGAGAUGUUAUACUUUAUCAGGUUUGCAGAUUUUUGUACUCUCUGGAAUUAACGUAGUUCUUGUUCUUGGAUUAGACUCAAAGCUGGAGUUUUUCAGGUCAGUGUGGGUUAUAUUGAAUGCGCUGACGUAUUCUGACUGUAAACUAGGAAAAAAUGUGAGUUUUUGGAGUUUGCUUGGUUCAGUUUAUCUGAUACUAGUGAUCAAUAAUCCUGGCCUUCAAAUCAACACCAUAUGAUACAAAACAGAAUAUGAUGAUACAGAGGGAAAUAAUACAGUAGUAUGUGACUGGAUACCUGACAGACGAUAUAUGUAUAUAUGGUAUAUGAAAGAGUAGAAUAAGGUGCUCUGGGUUGAUUUUGGUAAAUCUGUUGGGUCUACAGGCCUGAUCGUACACUGGAUUUAAUAAAGAUGGUUUGGUGGAAUCACUGUGUCUUUCACUCUUGGCAUGUUUCCUCUGAUAUUUUAAAGCUGUGGCUAUGUAACCAUGGUUACAGUCCACUAGGUUGGAGGCAAGAGGUUCAGAGAUAUGAAUGAGUUUCUAUCAUCAGAGGAAUCUGUGUUGAUGUUUGAAGUGGAUAUAAAAAUGGGAUCUUGUUCUGUUUUCAGUAAGAAACCAAAGUAAAUGGUGGAUUUGACCAUAAUGUUAAAAUAUUGAAGCUUCAGCUGACCUUCAGGUUGGGACUGACCUUGAACAGAAAAUGACUUUAGACAAAACAAAGUCAAGUUCAGCUGCAGGCUGCUGUGUAUGAUUCCUGAACGUCGGACAACAAUAACAGUUGGACUGACGUCCAGAUUUGCCUGAACAGAUGCCAAACUCAGUGACACUGAGAAGUCAUGGUGCAGGUUCAAGUGCAGCUGCAAUUGUUCCUACUUCACAGCUGGGAUGGAGAACAACCAUCACCCGAGUUCAAGGUUCUUUCUUUGGGUGUGACGACAUUAACACCAAAAUAAGAUAGAGGAGACGGGGAGUGUCACCAAGGUCAAGGCAAAGCGGGGACAGGGCGAGGAGGAGAGCUCUGGUGGCAUGGGAAAGUCACCUCGGAGAUGGAUCUGAAAGGACCGGAGGAGAUGGGAGGGGUGGUGGGAUGCAUAAGAAGGGGCAGAUGGUGCCCUUGGGUGCAGGGCUGCUGGAGGGGGGUCGGUUUACAGAGGUUGCUUUGGGUUGGGAGCAAAUAAGCAUAGUCACAACAGCAUUGUCACAAUCGGCUGCUGCCUGAAUGGAGCCGCUCCUAAUUUGACCCCGCAGACCUCGCCUGUGUUCUUACGUAUUGUUGUUGCCCUCUCUGGCUGGAUGGCUCGCUGGCAUUCAGCCUCUAUUGUCGUCCAUCUUCAGCAAAAGCAUUACAGGCUGCAAAAUCACAUGCACCAUUCAUCAAAUCUGGGGGUUUUGGUGUUGAUGGAGGUUUUUGGAGAAUUGUGGAAGGUUGUCUCGAUGCUGGGUGUCCAACAGAGAAGCCUCCCUCUGGGCUAUUGUCUCUGAAACCAUAAGAUGCUGCAGUAAAAUGAGCUGAGCGGAAUUUUCUAUGAUGAUCCUCCAUAUAUUUACUCCACUUUCCCACAGACACAGAUUUAUUGCAUAUGCAUGUGAAAAAACUUGCAGUAAUUCACAAGGAAAGCUGCAGAACUUUGGUAAGAAAUAAAAAAGGGAGGUUCUCAAAGGUGAAGUUUGUAAACUUGAGAUUCAUUUUUACAUACUCAUGAAAUUUAAGAAAAGUUCUGGUGUUGAAAAUAUGGUGUUUGAAAUCAUACAAUAACUUUCAGAAAAAUGCAGAUGAAACAUUCGUAUGUCUCUAAUCCGUCUCUUUCUCCCGUGUUCAGGCUGCUGUUUGGCUGCAGAGCUGUCCUUCCUGCUGGAGCCCAGCGACGUGAUCGCCGUCAGGGAUCGCCCGCUCAUGCUGGACUGUCGGGUUCAGGGCGAGGAGCCCAUCAUGGUGACGUGGCGUAAAAACGGGGUCCCUCUACCCACCAGCCCGCGGGUUCGGGUGCUGGCAAACGGGACCCUUCUUAUCCUCAACUUCCAGAAACGCAAAGAUGGAAAUGACGCAGACAUGGGCGAGUACGACUGUGCCGCCCAAAACCGCUAUGGCCUGCUGGUCAGCCGCAAGGCCAAAGUCCUUCUGGCGUGUAAGUAAAACCCAGAGUAAGACGAUCAUUGAAAACCUGUAUCUGAUAGAAAAUAGAGCAGAGGAGUAACAUCUUAUUUAAGGACGGAUAUCCGCUCAUCUUAGAUUUGAUCAUCAAACCUUUAGUGACCUUUCUUCAAGUAACCAGAAUCACUUUAACCCUUCGUUACCCAGAGUCUGUAAACCUGCACAUUGAGUAGAGAUGUCCCACAGAGCGUCCCUGCAGGUCUCCUUUUCUCUGUCAAAACAUCUCUUAGUCUCAGUUAUAAAUGACGCUCCACACAGAGAACACCUCAGGACUGAACUCAGCAACAAGAGCCCCCCCUGGACCCUCAGACCCUCAGACCCCAGACCCUCACACCCUUUGAUCCCCUGCUCGGCCCCUCACUAAAACACACACAGCUUCUCAUUAUGAAACAACCAUAAAUUAUCCUGCAUGCACAUUACUGUACACAGAUACACACACACACACACACACACACACCUGCACCACUGAAGAGAAAUACCACUCAAACAAAUAACACCAGGGGUUUAUGGGUAAUCCAGGAGAGUUAUGGCUAUCUGGAGGUGGUCCUACCUCAAUGCAAUGAGUUGCCAUGGGGACGCUCUCUGGUUUGCAGACCCCUCCUCUUUGGUGUACACCCUUAUUGAUUAUUGCUACCAGGUUAUUAGGGAGCUUGUGUGGAAAUCCUGGAGAUGCUGAUGCUGUUUUAUGUUCCUCUAAAGCUUUCAGAUCACGGACAAAAAAAAUAUGACAAUCUGUAAGUCAGCAGCACAACUUUUAACAAUAAACAUCAGGUUUGAUCAAUUUAUGUUUCUCAGAGCUUGAGGGACAUAAAAACAGAAAAUGUGAUGAGCCAAAUCAUGCACACAAAAAGACAUGCACAAUAAAAAGAGUUGCAUGGAAGUCUGUGCAAAACUGCACAAAAAUGCAAUAAUUUAAAAAAAAUGACAGGUUUUGAUUAAUGUACCGUAUUUUUUGCACUAUAAGGCGCACUUAAAAUCCUUUUGGCUUGUCGGAGCACUGCAGCUACCGUAGCCUCGCGGAGUUAUUGAAUGAGUUAAAUAAAGUUUGACUUAUCUGACUGUUUUGUUUGGCUUAAUGCGCUUUAUAAUCCAGUGCGCCUUAUGUAUGAAAAUAGACGCGAAUAGACACAUUCAUUGAUGGUACGCCUCAUAAUCAGGUGCGCCUUAUAGUGCGAAAAAUAUGGUACUGAAUGUUGCUUUAAAACUUAAGGAACGAAGAGCAAAACUGCACAAGACCAAAAAAUCUUCAUGUACAGCAAAAAUGGUCUCACUUAACUCUAAUUUAAACAAAAACUGCGAAAUAUAACUGCCUCAACUUCACAUAUUUAAAGAUUUAAUAUCAGGUCUUGUUUGUGCAUAUUGGUUAAAAAUCUUUAAGAACAUCUAAUGGACAGACACAUGCAGAUAAAGACACAUACAGCCAAAAAAAGGUCAUAAAAUCACUCAGAGCGAAACUCUGCACCGUGCACAUCAGCACAAAUCUGCACAAAAGUACCAAAAAAAAGCUGAACACCUUCAUAUUUAUAUGCUGCAGAUUAGUUUUUGAUUAAUGCAUAUUUCUCAUCCUGUGAUAUACUGAUCCUCUUCUGAGGGAGUGAAAUGAUUAAUGUUUGAAAAUCUGCCUGCACAGAUUGCUGAAUGUGCACAAGGAUUAGUAAACUGAUCUCUGUUUUUUCAGUUGGUUAUCGGACGAUAGUUGAUAGAUGUUGCUUUGGAAAUAACUUCAGAGAAAUAGCUCAGGAGAGGCAGAUGGUGUAAAUACACAAAGAGAAGGAAAUCUCUUUUUCUGCCGCAAAGUCAGAGAGAAAGUGGAGGAAACAGGAUUUAUGAGUUACUGCUCUAUGAAACUUUCACAAGAUUUUCUUCCCAAAGUAUCAAAAUAAUUUAAUAUCGAUUAUUAAAGACAUGUUUUACAGAUUACCAGAGCAGUGGAUGUAAGUUUGGUGACAGAACUACAACUUCAAACUCAUGUUUGUGUGUUUUUGUGUCUCAGCUCUUCCAAAGUUUCACACUCACCCCAACUCCAUGGCUGUGGACGAAGGCGGCGUGGCUCGCUUCCAGUGUCAGAUCAACGGCGUACCUGAGGCCAACAUCACCUGGGAGAGAGAUAGAGUGCCGCUCAACACCUCUGACAUCAGGUAACAAGCACGCCAACACUCAGCGAUAGAGACGAGUCAACAAAGUGAGAUUUUAGAUUUGUGGUUAGGGUCAGGGUUAGUCAGACCCAGAUCCAGUGAGAUCUUAAAACCAGUCCUAGAACCAACAGAAAGCCAGUGUGGAAAAGCCAGGUCUGGGAUGAAGUGAUGCUGAGUUUGUCUCUCUCCUCUCUCUCUCUCUCUUCAGGUACACCCUCCUGCCCAUGGGGAUCCUCCAGGUGACCGGUGUGAGACAGGCAGAUGCCGGAGUUUUCCGCUGUGUCGCCACAAACAUCGCCAACACUCGCUUCAGCCACGAGGCCGUGCUCAACAUCACAGGUAGGUGGAAAAACAUGGUUUGGUUCAGAUUUCUGCUCAGCUUUUAAGACAAACAAACAGCAGGAGAGUUUUUCUCCUCUUUUGUGUUUUCAAAGCAUUUUUGUUCAUUUUGAGUCCUCUGGUCCGUACAGGUGGAGCUCCCAGGACCUACAAAGAGCCGGUGAUCCUGUCAGGACCUCAGAAUCUGACCAUCACCGUCCACCAGACUGCCAUCCUGGAGUGCAUCGCCACAGGAAACCCUCGUCCCAUCGUGUCCUGGAGCAGACUGGGUACUGCUGGAAAACCCUGUGGUAGUUAUAAGAAAUAUAAUUAAAUAUCACACACACUAACUCCUGUGUUUAUCUGUGUUCUUCAGAUGGACGCUCCAUCGGCGUGGAGGGGAUCCAGGUUCUGGGGACAGGGAACUUGAUGAUCUCAGAUGUUUCUCUGCAGCAUUCGGGCGUUUACGUGUGCGCUGCAAACCGACCCGGCACCAGAAUGAGGCGUACGGCGCUUGGACGACUGGUGGUUCAAGGUGAGGACACAUACUAUACCUCUGAUUGUGUUUUUUGAGAUACACUCCUGCAAGUAUGCAAGCUUGAUUUAUGAUUUAUGGAUAUGACUGAGUGUCUUUGCUUCUAUCUUCAUCAGCCAGGAAGAGGGUUGUAAUCUGUCUGCUUUCAAACAGGGAGUAAAGGGCAAAUUUAAGAAAGGCUGACCCUAGACUGCCCAGGUUCAGAUCCUCCUGCAGAAAUCUCUGACUAAAGUCUCCUGAUUCUUAACAGUUCACAAUAAAGUUAUGCAAACCUUUAACAGGACAGGUGCAGACACUGUUAUGGUCUCUCUGAGGAAAAAAACUCUACUAGAUAGUCCUGAUCUUCAGGCCCUCAGGCAGCACUGCAUUAAAAACAGACAGGACUCUGGAGUGGAAAUCACUGCAUGGGCUUAAAAUCACUUUAAAAACCACUGUCUGUGAACACAGUUCAUCACUGCAUCCUCAAAUGAGGUUCAAACUGAACCAUGCAAAGAGGAAACCAUGACACUAUUGUAUUUUGAAGAAUCAGACUUCGACAUCCUUUUUGGAAUUCAUGGUCCUGUUAACACUGAAGAGGAAACAGACAGAAAUAAAAGCAUAACUCCAAAAUUUGGAACUGUAACUUUAAAAAAAGAUGAGAUGGGAGGGGGUGAGACAGUUAAACAAAGUAAACCUGAUAUAAAGAUGUAAAGACCUCAUCAGGAACCUUCUCUGUUUCCUAAAAUGCAGCUUUGGUUACAGCCUUUGUUUAAUUACUACUGUAGCAAACCUCCAUCAGAGGAGGGGGGAAGAAAGGGUCAAUAUCAAGCCCCACCUUUUUUCCUCACCUUUGCCCUUGGCAGUUUUAAUGGGGGGUGGGGGUCCCAUGUAUGUUGUGAGACCCUCCACCUCCACCUCCAUAUGCACAGUCUGUCCACUUCCUCUGUAACAAUUAAGCUCUGACACCAUGUCCAGCAGCUGUGUGUGUGUGUGUGUGGGUGUAAGUGUGUGUGUGGUGGUAAUGGGGGGAGGUCUGUAUGACGUGGUCUCAUCCAUCAUCACCCUGCAGACGCACUCAGCUGAUAUCCCUCAUUGUCAUUAGAUCAGUUUUAAUUGGCUGCUCUGAGGCUGGAUCAAUUAGCAGCCUUACCUUUGGAGAAUCACACUCACACACUUCCACACACAGUCAGGAAUAGUCAAAGUGUGAAAAUGUAUCUUCUUUUAAUUAUCUGGCUUUCUGUGUUUGGCGUGUGAAUCUUGAGUUGUUAAAUCUGUAGAAAAAGCUCAUUGCAGUGUCUGAAAGAGUCUCUGAGCUGCACUUCGAUGAAACAGAGAAAAACUGUCAAUAAAAGCUCAAUCUCUCUACCACAGAUUUGCAGCACAGUUCAUGUUAUAGCCUCUCUGAUUGACAAACGUCUAAAUUCACAUAAUUUAGUCUCAGUCCUCCUGCUGUGUCCAGAUCAAUCAAUACCUCUGCUGUCACUCUCUCUCAGUGAUUGGCAGACCUUCUGCUGUGUUGGGGGGCUGAUCUCUAAUAUAUUCAUUAAUUUAUUGAUCAUUUUUCUCUGUUUGGUGAAGAGAGAGAACAAAGAGCUUUAUCUGAAGCAGGGUUUAGAGAGGUCUCAAAGUAGAGAAGGAUGAAUCCUUCUGUUCUGAGUCAGAGGCAGAGCUGAGGUCAGAUUUAGGUAAGAAGAGAGAUGACUGAACUUCACCUUUGAUCAGGCUGCAGGAAUCAGGAUUUUAUUCACUCUAUAUGCAAAUAGAGGUCAGGUCUUGUUUUUGUAUACAUUUUCUUUAAACACAAGGUUUAUCUGGGAUUGUCAGGUCACUGUGAUUUUAACUCCAAUGACACAUUUAGACAGUUCAUUUGUGACAUGCACUUGGUAUGAGUUGUGUUCCUGCAGGUUUUUUCUAAACUUGAGAAAUCCAUUUUUUAUUCUUUUGAAAGAAUUAUUUUUCUUUUGUGGAGAAAUUAGUUUCAUAAGUUGCACCUUAUAUUAGCUGCAUUGACCUGAUGAGUCAAAAUUAAUCUCAAAUUUUAAGAAGUUACCCAAUAAAAAAAAGAAGCCCUGAAAUUUAAUUAAUGAUCAAAAAGAUAAACAACCAAUAAAGCAGCACACUCCUGCAGGUUUAUUCUGAGUUUGUAAAAUCGUUUUCUUUUUCUCUCUGAAUUAGUGGAAAGUUCACUCUCAUUUAUCCAGUUUGAUCUUUCUCUCUGGGUUAUUUCAUGAAGGCAAGUCAUUUUCAAUUUCAGUAUAAUUAUUUAAUUUCUGUUUCUGGUGGCACAAAUCUCAGCCCAUAUUUCUACUCCAACAUUCAUGACAACAGAGUUGAAACACCUUUCUUCAUAUCACAGCUGCAAAAGUGUGAGCUGAAAUAACAUUUAUAAUAUUCAUAAUCCCCAAAUACUCUGUAAGAUGUCUAGAUUUUGAAUCAUUGCUUUUUGAUGUGCAGGAAAAACUGCGAUCAAAAUGUCAGAGCUGAAUGUGUGUAAACAUGACAGAAAUGAAACACUACUGCAGAGAAUUCAUCAUUCACAGUUUCCACACAUCAAAUCUAAACUCUUUAGUUCUUGUUUGUGCAUAAAUUUAAAAAUAUUUUUCAUUUUACAUGUUAAAAAACCCGCAUUUGUCUGAUAUUUAGCUUGUAAAGAAAGAUCACUCUGCUCAUGGGUUUGACUAUGCUGAAACUUUACCUGGUGACUAACAACUCAAAAUUCUGGUUGAUUUGAAACCUAAAAUCCAACUUAGCAACAAAACAAACUUGUACUGUAAAAUUAGUGAAUGUAAAAUCUGUGAUAUGCACUCCUUAAACAGACUGUUUUAACAUUUCUCAUGUAUUAGUUUCAGCAAUGAUUGUUGCAAACCACGGAGUUCGAGUAAUAAUGGAAAAUGAAGCAGUAAACGUUUUUCUCUGUGCCCAUCAGUCAUGUCUUUAAAAACAGCUGAAGAGGCUCAUAAAGCUGCGUUUAUUGUUAUAAUGCAAAGUCAAGUUCACAGUGUGUUUCUGUGUCUGUGUGUGUGUGUGAAGGUUAGUGAGGUCUGAACUUUCACACAGUCUGUCUAAGUCCACGUUCACGUUCAGGACUGAAGGACAAAGAUGAGGGACAAAAAGACAAGGACAGACCGAGUGCAAGGUGCAGGAGGGGGAGGAGAGGGUGAGAAGGGGGUGAGAGGUGACCUUCACCCUCUGACUUCUGACCCCUGACCCCAACAGAAGGAUCCAUACUCAGUGAAAACGGUCACACUGAAAGGAGGAGGGGGAGGAGGGGGAGGAGUCAGGGUGGACUCACAGGAAGGUGUGAGGAAAAAGGAGGCGUGGUCUCAGGGUUAAUUAGGGCUGGAUGAUGGAUAACGUCCCCGCGGAGGGGUGAGGGCAACCCGGGUGUCACCGCACAGAGGGGGACACAAAGAGUGGACAGACAUUUUUGGGAAGGGUGCAUUGAAUAUGGUUAUAUCUCUCUCCCUGCUGUGUUCAGACGAGAGGAGCUGCAGAUUUACAAACCCAGUAUGCCUUCACUGUUGCACCAGCUCCUGAUGCAAGUCACUGCUGCAUGGUGGUCCCCUCUUAAAACAUAAAUGAAGAGCAUACAUGAAACAGAGCUGACCAUGUCAAAACUCAGGAACCAUUUUCCAACCAGUUUCCAUUUUUGUCAGAAAAUACUGCCUCACUGUUGUUCUGGAUGAGAGAAGCUUUACAGAUAUUCAAAAGUUCCUCACUGGAGCUUUUGCUUUAGGUAACCAUGGCAACACUCUGCUCGGACACUUGGAGCACUAACUGGCAGACCUAACCUGACCAGGGUUCACACCAGUCAGACUAAAAAAAGCUAGUCUUUGACUAUACUGAUGAGACCAAAGGGGAGGCCCAAUAUUAAAAACUCCUGACUGUAGCUUUAACCCCUGUAGCUUUGUUUUUAUCUUACCGCGUAGCACAGUGAGAUUGCAAAAAUGUAAAGUGCAAUACAGAUUAGAUUUAUUAUUAUUAUUACCACUGACAUGUUCUCAGCUAAAAUCCAAAACUGAGAAAGAUGGAGGAGUCAGAGAGAGAGACAGAGAGCUGCAGUGAUGAAUGUGCUCUUAUUGAAAUGGUCAUUUUGGAGACACUCCCCCCCUCAGCUCUGGGGGAGAGAGGGUUGGGUUGGGGGGGUCACAGUGGGUGUUUGGGUCAAUAGAUCAAUGAGAUGCCGAGUGUGGGCCUAAGUGUGUGUGUGUGUGUGUGUGUGUGUGUGAGAGUGUGAGGGGGGUGUAUGGCAUAAGGAUCUCAGCUUAUAUAUGCACGACGUAUUGUUCCCGUGAUAUUGAACGAGGUGUCAGGAGGAGCAGUGAACCCUGCAUGUGGACCGGGCGGGGGUCAGCAGGCUGUCAGUGUGUGUGUGUGUGUGUGUGUGUGUGUGUGUGUGUGUGUGUGUGUGUGUGUGUGUGUGUGUGUGUGUGUGUGUGUUCAUAUUAGGAGAAACAUCCUCAGUUUUUAUGCUUUUUUUAAAGAGGUUUCCAAACCCAAAUCUCUGUAAACGUGUCAGCUCUAUUUUCUUUCCGAGGGUUUCUGCUGGUUUUGACUCAGGAUGAAGUUUUCACGUUAAAAAUCUGACUAAUAAUUUCCUGCAGCUCCUUUCAGCUGUUUCUUCUCCUAAAAUGAGAGAGAGCACAUUAUUCAAACUCCUGCGCCAUCCUCUAAUGUUUUUCAGCUUCCUCUUUCCUCGUACAAACUUUUAUAACCCUAUAAAAUCACAGUUUUUCUCUGCAGAAGCUUUUGUUAGUUUAAGCUAUAAAUUCUCUGAGACGCAGUAAAAAGUUAAAAAGGAACACAGCUCUAAAAACUUUAAACAUCACCGAAGUGGAACAUGAGAUCAGCAAAAUGAAGUUAAACUUUUAUCAAGUUCAAUUUUUCAUCCUGCAGAAGGUACGAUCGUACAAACUGUUCAUGAUCAGCAGAAACAAAGACAAGCAAAAAAAGAAACACUUCACAGAAACAAUGAGUAAAAUGCCAGUGUGUGUGUGUGUGUGUGUGUGUGUGUGUGUGUGUGUGUGUGUGUGUGUGUGUGUGUGUGUUAAUAAUAAUCUGUCAGAGCCAUCUAGCUGUCCUCCCCUCAUUAGUCUCCUCCGCCCCUUUAGAAAGCGUCAGGCGUCCUCAGCUGACCGUUCAUCAGCAGAUCAAUUCUCUGUAUUGAUCAGUGAUUCUGGUGACCUUGAGUUUCACCUUGUUUUAAUUCUUUAGCAGCUUUUGUUUGCAGAAGGGUCCAUAUGUCUGUCCAAAUCUAGAUUUAUAGGAGAGUGUUUCAGCUGCACAGAUCAUUUCUGUCUCAUUAAAUUAAAAGUCAUAUUUUCUUCACUCAGUUAAAUGUUUGUAACAGUCCUGACCUUCUGAUAUUUGUCAUGAACAUCUACAUUUUUCGGUUUCCACAUGUGAGAAGUUGUCUUUGCAUCAUUUCCACCUCAGUACAGGCUCCACAGGUGAUCAGGUUCUGUUUAGGAGAAGCUGUUCUAACUUCUGUCUCCAUGUAUUUCCAUGUUUCAACCCCUCAGACUCCCUCCAUGAAAUAAUUUUCUCUCUUCUUCUCCACCUUCUUAGCUCCUCCUGAGUUCCUGCAGUGGCCGCAGUCUGUGUCCAAACCAGCAGGGGGCAGUGCUGUCUUCACCUGUGUGGCUCAGGGUGUACCUGAACCUCACCUGAUCUGGUUGAAGAACGGGAAGGUGCUGAUGCCCGGACACAACGUCAAGCUGACCAAUAAUAACAGGUGAGUGAUUUCUGCAUGAUAACUCUGGAUUUUUAGAUAAUAAUCACACAUUUGUGUCUUUGGGGCUCUAAGCAAACACAUCAAACUGAAUUAUCAGGAUAUAAUCAGUAAUCUGCAGUAGUUUUAAGAGCCUUUAUCAGUAGGAAAUUAAAGAGACAGACAGACCUGCAUCCUAAUUUGCACCAUGGUGGCAGCAGGAUGGAUAAACGUUGGUGCAGUUGAGCCAUCAGGGAGUAAAAACAUGCAUUUCUUUCAUAAAGGGUUCAUUUCUGAGCUUUUUAAAAGAGUAGCUGAAGGUUUAAUUGUAAUUUUUGCAAACGUUAAUCAAGCUUAAGUAUAAACCGGUACAUUCACAGUGUAUUUUUGUCACAUAAAGUCGAUCGAAGUUGCUUUCUGUGUGUGCUCUGCAGCUCUUUUCUUCAUAUCUCAUAUCUUCUUGCAGCCUUGUACAUGAUGAGGGUACAAACUCACUCCUUCACUUUAAGUCAGCUCUCUCACACCUCUGUAUCGGCAGCUGUUCAUACAGAGUUUCCCAGUGUUAAUCCCAGUCUGUGUGAAUCACCUCUGAGUAACCACAGAGCCUAUUUAAUUUAGAGCUGCAGUUCAGAGUCUGACCACAUGAUGGCAGCACUGCACAGAGAAAGGAUGCGGAGACUUCCACAGCCUGUAAUAAGAGUGUGGUCCCUCCAAAUCCUCUUUAAAGUUGAACUCAUCUAUAAUAAAACUUCACCUCUGUGAAUAAAAACACAUUUUUUAUGCUUAUGAAUAUAAAUGAGGUUGUUUUUCUGUCGGGAAAUCCAAACUGAGAUGUUUCUGUCACUUAUUAAAAUCUCAUAUUCAGGUGUUUUAAAGCACAGUGUUGUCAUCAGUGUUACGUCAUUGAAUUAUUGCAUUACUAAUCUGUAAGACAUGUCAAGGUGAACUUGCUUGUUCACACAUGUUCCUCACAGCAGGAAGUCAUCCAUGUUAUACAAGGAGUGUGUUUGAGCAAGAGGGGGGCUGUGUCUCUAGAGGCAGAGUCUGUGAAAUCCACAAUGUGACAUCUGCAGCACAGUGAAGGACAAAGAAACAGUGAUGUACAGUUUGGAAACACCAUGUUCUUUAGUACUCUUAGGAUUAAAUCAUUUUCUGUGAGGCAGAUCAAUGUUGAAGACAUCAAAACUAAGUAAGAACACCAAUGAAAUAAUGACUCCAACCACUGAUAAAUCUGAGUGCUUCUCAUAUGUAGAUCCUGUCGUCCCUGUCCUGAUCUAGCUGUUCUUUCUCCCUGCAGCACCCUGGCUCUGACCCGGAUCAGCUCCGAUGACGAGGCCAUCUACCAGUGCAUCGCUGAAAACAGUGCCGGCACCAACCAGGCCAGUGCCCGCCUAGCUGUGGGCCAGGUUAAAGACCUGCCCGCCGCCCCUGAGGGCCUCACCGCCAACCCCCUGUCCACCAGUGCCCUGCAGAUCAUCUGGACCGAACCGCCUGCCAACGUGACAGAGAACAUCAUCGGAUACGUGCUGCACAUCAGGAAGAUCGGAGGUGAGAGGACGUUAACAGUUCUCCAUGUUUCUGGUCCUUUCUGACCACUGAAAACCUGAACGAGACCCUCUGAUAUGAACCAGAGAUUCUCUUUAACAGAAUAUAAAACCAUCUAAUUUAGUAUAUAAACUUGUUGGUUUGCACUUAUUAAAUAAACUGAACUGAUGUUUAAUCAGAGCCGGACAGUCUGGAGCUGCAGGAGGCCAUCAGUAAAGGAACCUUCCAGCACGACGUGGCUAACCUGGAGCCGGCCACCACCUACUCCCUCUACCUGAAGGCCUACUCUCCUCUGGGGGCCAGCCAGCAGUCCCACACUGUGGUGGCCACAACACUAGGGGGCGGUAAGAGCACAAAACACUCAUGACAGCAUGGAUGGUUGCACCUCUGUCUUGUGUCCCCCAUAAAUCUCUAACAUGAACCCUCAGGGACCCUGAUGACCUCAGGUGUGACAGUGUGCUCAGUCUUUUGGUUUUAUUGUCUCAUUUUGUGUCUCUCUCUCUCUCUGUUCAGUCCCCGCCGCUCCCACCUUCUUCACUAAGGUUGUAAACUCGACCGCCGUGCAGGUCCUCUGGGAGCUCCCCAGCAAGGCUGGCAAGGCUGAGGGCUUCAGACUGUCCUACCGCAGGGUUCCCCACGCUGACUUCCAGGGGCCAAUCCAGCUGGAGUGUCACGUUAAUGCCCACACCAUCACCAAACUGGGUGAGUCUGAAUGUGUGGAUGAAUUCAUGUUUUAAUAAACCUGUGCAGGAUGAAAUCAUCAUCAAACUCUGACCUCUCCAUCUUCAACGACUAAACUCAUUGCUCACCUCUCGUCCUUUGUCCUGAAGAGCAGCAUCUGUUUCUCCCCCAUCUCUGUUUACAUUGUGACCCCUCAGGGCUCAAUACCUGUUACCAUAACAACACACCUAUCCUGGUCACCUGCAGAACAGCAAGACAGCAACUGCACUGAAGCGAUUCGUUUAUUUCACUGUUCAGAGAAGAAAGAAAUCUGACACAUCUUUAAAAACACAGUCUGAAAUAUCAAAUAUGAAGAAAUCAUUGACACUUUUCUUUGUCCGUGGAAACAUUUCUCAAAAUUAUCAGGAAGAUUUCUUUAGUUAUGAUAAAGAUCAAAGUCUGUCUGUCUGAAGGGUGGUGUUCUUGUCUCAAAAUUAAAAGAUUAAUGUUAAAAAAGAUUCACUAAUAUGUCCAUCUUUAAUUUCUACAAUAUGGCUCUAAUGAUAAAAAUAAUGUCAUGAUAAUGAAAAUAAAAGUCAUAAGAUGAUAAAGCUGUGAAAUAAGUUAAACCAGGUUAGUCAUGAGAUGAUUAAAGUGUGAUAUAUCAGAAAAAAAGAGGGAAAAAAGGCAAGUAUAACAGAAAACAAGUUUAAUGAAAAAGGGUAAAUUAAAGAAAAAGUCAGUGAUAUAAAGUAAAAAGAGUCAUUAUGUUGCAAAAAUUCAUAAAAUUAGAAGAAUGAAGUCAAAAUAUAACAGUAAAAGAUCAGAAGUUAAAGCUAUAACAGUGUAAUAACAUUGUGAUGAUGAAAUUAAAAUGUAAUUCAAAAAGGUCAUAAUGAAACUACAGUGGCCCUGAAGGUCAUGGCACAAACAUUUUAGAAACACAUUAAAAAUAUAUAUAAAACAACCAAUAAAGAAAGCAAACAUUUGGAUAAAUACAAAAUACAAAUUUUAUUCUCAUUUCCUUAUUUUUUGUUGUGUGUCUUUUCCAAAUUUCAAAUAUUUUUUUAGUUCAUUUGUGUUUUCUAAAAUAUAUUUUGUGUUCCUGCUAAAAUACUUUUUUAUUUUACUAAAACUGAAAUCUUUUAACUUCAAUAAUUGUAUUUUCACUCAGCUUUCUGUUAUUUUCUUUAAAAGAAAGACCCAAAUGCUCUGUGUUGGUUACCUCUGUGAAUUGGCUCUUUAGUGAGAUGGACUCUUUCGGCUGAACAGUUAAGAUUGACAAACAACCUCCAUCUUUAUUAUCAGCCUCUCUCUCCUCCUUAAAGCAGCUCUCUAACAGCUGCUGUCAUUGUGAGCACCAUCCUCUGAACUCCUAUUGAUCUGAUCAAUAAUAAUCAUGACUGAUUCAGCGCUGUGACGCAGGACGGUUACCUCGUCAGGUUCUCCUCUAACAACUCUGUUAACACACACACAUUAAACAAACACACACAAACACACACACAUCAGAUACAGCAGAGUUAAAUUCAGAGGAAAAACUGAUCAGUUCCACUUAUUGAUCGAGUCAAAUUGACGGCCUGAAACACAAUCAGCAGCCUGAACAGAUAUUUGGUUUCAUUGGAGGUUGUAGGAGAACGCAUCAAUCCAGAACAAUAAUAUGAGUUUAUAAUCAGACAGAGAUACAUGAGAGCGUAAACACAGAUACGCUGAGGCUCGGUAGAAGGUUGUUUAACUUUAUGAGCUGUGAAAUCAUAGCGCACCGUAGAAAACAACUGAUUAACGCCUUUGUUUCAUCUUGUAUUCAGGGCCUGGUAGCUCAGAAUCCACUCUCACACUUAUUUAUGCUGGUUUUAAGCUUAAAGGAGAUCAGAUCUCCACAGAGACACAUUUCUAACCUCUUGACUGUCUCUAAUGCAGAAUCAGGAGCUGUCUAUGAAGUCAAGCUGGUGGCCUAUAAUGGAAACGGGGAGAGUGACUGCUCAAAGAGACUGGUGUCACUGGCGGAGGAAGGUCUGAGUGACCCGGCUGCAGGUGAGUUCAAGGGUUAAAUGGCUGUUUUUGUCAAUGAGGUCUGGUUGCUUUAACUACGUUGUUGCUGUUAAAUCACCAUCAUCUUUAAGAAAAGGUUCAUCUCUGCAGGGGUCUUUUCUGUAAAGCUGUCAGACACUUAAAAAACAACCCGAUUCACUUCCCCUGAGGAUCUCCCUGCAGUCAUUACAGACGUGCUGCACCUGAUGGCUGGGUAAUUUUCAGGAUAAACCCCCAAAGGAUUUGAACCAAUUAGUCCUUUACUUACAGGAACGUGUAGAGCCAGACUCAGCUUUAAAACGACCUGAAUUCGAUGUCCAGGUUAAAACUGACAAGAAUAGGUUAGAACAAGAAAUCCUGAAUUGAUAUAUUUCAUUAUUGCACAAGAUGCAUGAAAAAUAACAGAAAAAUUAAUGUCUAGUAAGAGGAAAAACUCUUAAAUGCUUCAACAGUCUAGAGUUUGCAGAAAUAUGAAAGUAGAUCAGUCAUCAUGAAACCAAGUUUAACCAGCCGAACUUCUAAUGAAAGUUAUGAACCAAAUCUGAUACUUUAUGACUCAGAAGCAGAAGUUAAGAGGGACAUUAAAGGAGAUGUAAUAUCAUUUAAUGCUUUUUUUCGUCUGUGUGUGUGUGUUUGACCUUGUGUGUGAUCUUGUAUAUGCAGGUGGGAACAGUCUGUGUCAGUGCAGGGACGGAGAGGCCUCUCUGGGCAGCAUCGUCAUCGGCAUCCACAUCGGCACCGCCUGCAUCAUCUUCUGCGUGCUCUUCCUCAUGUUCGGAUACAGACGCAGGUAAACCAGGAGCUGCACACCUUCAUUUAUCCAGUCAGUGAUGCAUCAUGUUUACCUGUGCAGGAACCUGGUCUAGGCUUGUUCCUCGGCCUGUAGAUUUAAUGUGCCGUCAUGCAUCGUUUUAAGCUGUGUGGUGUUAGAAGAUCUGCAGAGUAUGUCCUCACUGCUGGAUUCUGUUCUCAGUCUGUUUUGCAGUAAAGGAACACAGGAUAACUGGACAGUACCGAGGGAAACCGUGGGACACAACGGUGUCCCUAAAGACGGAGCAAACCGACCCAGAAUGGAGUCAGUGCCUCAGGUAGUCCCCAUAGAAAUCCUCAAAAUUUUCUAAACCAUUUCAUUUAUUCAGUUUUAAGUCAGUAGGAUCCAAAAAAGCCACAAACACUUCAUCUGAUGUUUGGAAAUUGUGGAUUUUGGUUUGGAAGUUUUAUUUUUUUAAUUGAAUUACAGGAAAAAAUGAACCUUUUCAGGUUCUGUUGUGCAAAAUCACUGCAAGUCAAGAAGGUGCAGGAAGAGCUGAUUUAAUAUCUCUCACUCAGUGCCUCCAUGUAGCCCUUAAAUAAUCCUUGAAUAACAUCCUCCUCCUUGUUUUCCAGGUCUGUCCGUCACAGUGCCAAGUCGUCAUCGAGCAGCACAUGUCAGGUUUGCCUGGCACAGUCACUGGGUAACACUGGUCAAAAACACCAACUCCAAACAUCCCUACCCUUAUACCCUCAAACUUACUAAACUAACUUCCUGCCCUCCACCAAUCAGCACCCUCUAUGCUGUUUGAUGGAGGUCACUCCUAGCUUCAAACCCCCAAAACCUGCUGCUAACAGCCUGAAAGUAGCCUCCAAAAAACCUCCACCAGAAUGCUUUAACAGACCAGGAGAGAAGAUCCUGGUUUUUCCCUCCUUGUCCCUCGACCCUCCACGCCUACCUCAAAACCAAAGCUAAUGCCUUUAUUGCCUGUGCAUGUGCACAUGUGCAUGUAGAAAAGUCUUUGCCUCUACAGAUAAGAUCCUGUCACAUUCACUCAUUGUAACAUCCAGGAGGAGUCUGUCCUAUAACCAAAAUAUUUUAUUCCCAGACUCCUCUGGUGUUUCCACGUGUGAAGAUGUGCACAGUGGUCUUUAAAAACCAAAAUGAAGCCAAAUAUUGUCACCUGACUGGGACGUACCGGUCAGUCUGUUGACUUUGCCUUCAGUUCCUCUGCAAUAAGAAAGGGAAGAAACAUAGCGGCCUUUCGCGAAAGCCUUACGGAGGUGAGAGGCGGAUGAAAUGAUUGUCUUUAGCCAUACAUGCCAUUUAGAAGAACCCAGACGUUCUUCACAUAACCCCCCUGUCCACCUCCAAAGAAAGCUACCUCAGUCUGACAGGAGUGUUUGAGCCAUAGUUGAGGCCGAUGUUAGCCUGAUGCUGCUGCUUUUGAGACUCUACCUCAACCAAAAAGAUGACCUAGCUUUCCCUUCAGUGAAUAUUCCCUGACCAGUGCCAGUGUACCGUGCCAGCCGCCAACCAGGCCAGUCCAAAGAGUGCUCGCCAGGACGACCACCAUGGAGAGCAAAACCAUGGCAGGGGCCUGACUUCCACUGACACAACCUAAGCCUUACCGAACCAGAGAUCAACAGGAGCUUUAACAUCACCACAGCACAGCUUGGUCACGUUUGGAAAUACCAAACGCUUCUGAUCAGGCAUCAGAAAGUUACCCUGUGCUCACCCACGGCUUCCAAAUAUCCCAAGUGCCCAUCUCCAAAGACGUGAUUGUGCCAAGGAUGGGGCUCGUAGAGAAGAAAGACUUUGAAGAGUGAUUGGCGACCUUUUUAAGCUGGCAUUCGAUUCUUUCUACGAAGUCCCGCCUCUUUAAACUGCACAAACCUGAUGGCAUACUGAAGACAAGCCAAAAACACUGAGGCCAAUGCUGCCGCGUUCGCUCUCCAGAUGCCAAAUUGGUCGGCCUGGGACCUCGACGACUCUGCGUUGGCGGUUAAAGAAGUUUUAAGGUGAAACUUGGCUGAAUGCACGGAUGCCAAGGCUCGUUAUUCGCCGUGUCAGCAUAUCCAAAAAUAAGUUCUCUGAAAACCGAGCUGAAUGAGCCCCAAAGAUGUAAACUUUUGAUGGUUUUCUUUCUUUUGAUUUCAAAGAGACUAAAUUUACUGACAGAUUAUGGAUUGUUCCUGUCGGAGGGGUCACCUGCGCCUGAAGUGCUUUAACUGAACCCAGACCAAAAAAAACCUUUUCUCAUGAUUUUCAUUUCAAUUUUUUAAUAAUAUCCUUCAUGAUCUUUAGUUUGGAUGUCAUUGCAGGUGCACCCCUUCAACGAGGAAGUCUAUUUUGUUGAUUCUAACAUUUUAUCCUUUUAAAGUGACCAAAAGAAGAUGUCAGAUAUUUUAAAAGACGUUUAAUGAGAAAUACUUUCUUCCUUUUUCUAAAGUAGUAGAAUUCUUGCCAAAUAUUUAGAUAUCGUAAAGAAUUAUGUAACCAAAAACCUCUACAUUUUUAACAUUCAUACUCUAACUGUACAUUUUUCAUAACCAAAGCACAGAAACAUGCUGGAGAGCAUGAAAGUAUACGUAUGUGUGAAUAACGUUGGAUGAAUCUGGGGGACGACAUUUUAAAAUAGGGACACACAUUCAACCCAAAUAUUUAUUAGCGCAACUGACUUUAAAGCCCACCUGAAAUUCAGUCUUUUCUAUUUUCAGUCAAAAACAUGAACAUCUAGAAUAGAACAUGAUAUUCAGAUUUUCAUAAACUUAUACGUGC